AUGUCGAAAGUGAUCCAGAAAAAGAACCACUGGACUAGCAGGGUUCACGAAUGCACCGUGAAGCGGGGACCUCAGGGCGAGCUGGGGGUGACGGUGCUGGGGGGCGCGGAGAACGGGGAGUUUCCAUAUGUUGGAGCAGUGGCGGCCACCGAGGUGGCGGGGCUCCCCGGCGGUGGCGAGGGCCCGAAGCUGAGCGAAGGAGAGCUGCUUCUGGAGGUGCAGGGGAUCCGGGUGUCCGGUCUGCCCCGCUAUGACGUGCUGGGGGUCAUCGACAGUUGCAAGGAGGCCGUCACCUUCAAAGCCGUCAGACCAGGAGGGAGGCUCCACAAGGACCUGCGACAUUUUCUCAAUCAACGGUUCCAGAAAGGGUCCCCGGAUCACGAGCUGCAGCAGACCAUAAGAGAUAACCUCUACCGCCACGCUGUGCCUUGCACCACCCGAUCUCCCCGGGAAGGAGAAGUGCCUGGCGUGGAUUACAGCUUCCUGACUGUGAAGGAGUUCUUGGAUCUCGAGCAGAGCGGGACUCUUCUGGAAGUUGGCACCUAUGAAGGAAACUAUUAUGGGACACCCAAACCUCCCAGCCAGCCAGUCAGUGGGAAAGUGAUCACAACGGAUGCCUUGCAAAGCCUUCAGUCUGGCUCCAAGCAGUCGACCCCGAAGCGCACCAAGUCCUACAAUGACAUGCAAAAUGCUGGCAUAGUCCCCGCGGAGACCGAGGAGGAGGAUGACGUUCCUGAAAUGAACAGUAGCUUUACAGCCGAUUCUGGGGACCAGGACGAGCACCCUCUCCAAGAAGCAGCUCUUGCGCCUGUGAAUAGUAGCCUCGUUGCUGCUCCCAUCACGGACCCUUCUCAGAAGUUCCCUCAGCACCUACCUCUUUCCGCAGAGGAUAAUUUAGGUCCUCUGCCUCAAAACUGGGAGAUGGCCUAUACCGAAAAUGGAGAAGUCUACUUUAUAGACCAUAACACAAAAACAACGUCUUGGUUAGACCCUCGGUGCCUGAACAAACAGCAGAAGCCUCUAGAAGAGUGUGAAGAUGAUGAAGGGGUACACACCGAGGAGCUGGACAGUGAACUAGAACUGCCUGCUGGUUGGGAAAAGAUCGAAGAUCCUGUCUAUGGUGUCUACUAUGUAGACCACAUCAACAGGAAGACUCAGUAUGAGAACCCAGUUCUAGAAGCCAAACGGAAGAAGCAGCAACAACAGCAGCAGCAGCAGCAGCAGCAAUCCCAGCAGCCGCCACCCCCAGAAGAUUGGACAGAAGAUCAUUCAUCCCUUGUGCCUCCUGUUAUUCCAAACCACCCCCCAAGCAAUCCGGAGCCAACCAGGGAAGCUCCACUUCAGGGCAAACCCUUUUUUACACGAAACCCUUCUGAGUUGAAAGGCAAGUUCAUCCACACGAAGCUGCGGAAAAGCAGUCGUGGCUUCGGCUUCACGGUAGUUGGAGGGGACGAACCCGAUGAGUUCCUCCAGAUCAAGAGCUUGGUCCUGGACGGUCCUGCCGCCCUGGAUGGCAAGAUGGAAACAGGCGAUGUCAUUGUCAGCGUGAACGACACCUGCGUCCUGGGACACACGCACGCGCAAGUUGUGAAAAUCUUCCAGUCUAUCCCCAUUGGUGCCAGCGUGGACCUUGAACUCUGCCGAGGUUACCCAUUGCCUUUUGACCCAGAUGACCCCAACACCAGUUUAGUGACCUCGGUGGCUAUUUUGGACAAAGAGCCCAUUAUCGUGAACGGACAGGAGACCUACGAUUCCCCAGCGAGCCACAGCAGUAAAACAGGCAAAGCCAGCAGCAUGAGGGACGCCAGGCCCAGCAGCCCCGCGGACGUGGCCUCCACCGGCUCCCACGGGUACCCCAACGACACCGUGUCCUUGGCCUCGUCCAUCGCCACGCAGCCGGAGCUCAUCACCGUGCACAUAGUCAAGGGGCCCAUGGGCUUCGGGUUCACUAUCGCCGACAGCCCGGGGGGUGGGGGCCAGAGAGUGAAGCAGAUCGUGGACAGUCUGAGGUGCCGGGGCUUGAAAGAAGGGGACCUCAUCGUGGAGGUCAAUAAGAAGAACGUGCAGGCCUUGAGUCACAACCAGGUGGUGGAUAUGCUCAUCGAGUGUCCCAAGGGAAGCGAGGUCACCCUGUUGGUGCAGCGAGGAGGGCUGCCCGUUCCCAAGAAGAGCCCAAAGUCGCAACCACUGGAAAGGAAAGACAGCCAGAGUAGUUCUCAACACAGCGCUUCCAGCCACCGGAGCCUGCACACGGCGUCCCCGAGUCACAACACGCAGGUGCUCCCAGAGUACCCACCCACCGAGGCUCCCGCUCCAGAUCAGACCGACAGCUCUGGGCAGAAGAAACCAGAUCCUUUUAAAAUCUGGGCCCAGUCCAGGAGCAUGUAUGAAAACCGACCUAUGUCACCUUCGCCUGCAUCGGGAUUGAGCAAGGGGGAAAGAGAGAGAGAAAUCAGUUCCACGAAUUUUGGAGAAUGUCAGAUUCCCGACUACCAGGAACAGGACAUCUUCCUCUGGAGAAAAGAGACUGGAUUCGGAUUUAGGAUUCUAGGUGGAAAUGAGCCGGGGGAACCUAUUUAUAUUGGUCACAUCGUACCACUGGGUGCUGCUGACACAGACGGCCGCCUGAGGUCUGGCGAUGAAUUAAUCUGUGUGGAUGGGACACCAGUAAUCGGGAAAUCACACCAGCUCGUGGUCCAGCUUAUGCAACAAGCUGCCAAACAGGGCCACGUCAAUCUCACAGUGCGGCGAAAAGUGGUGUUUGCUGUCCCGAAAACCGAGAACGAGGUGCCCUCGCCAGCCUCCUCCCACCACAGCAGCACCCAGCCGGCCUCGCUGACGGAGGAGAAGCGCACCCCACAGGGCAGCCAGAACUCCCUCAACACCGUGAGCUCGGGCAGCGGCAGCACCAGCGGCAUUGGCAGCGGCGGCGGCGGGGGCAGUGGCGUGGUCAGCACCGUGGUCAGCACCGUGGUGCAGCCCUACGACGUGGAGAUCCGGCGCGGGGAGAACGAGGGCUUCGGCUUCGUCAUCGUGUCCUCGGUGAGCAGGCCCGAAGCAGGCACGACCUUCGCAGGCAAUGCAUGUGUGGCUAUGCCUCACAAAAUAGGUCGGAUUAUUGAGGGGAGCCCUGCUGACCGCUGUGGCAAGCUGAAAGUAGGAGACCGGAUCUUGGCAGUAAAUGGAUGUUCCAUCACCAACAAAUCCCAUUCAGACAUUGUCAACCUAAUCAAGGAAGCAGGAAACACAGUUACCCUCCGCAUCAUUCCUGGGGAUGAGUCCUCAAAUGCCACUUUGCUGACCAAUGCAGAGAAGAUUGCCACCAUCACCACCACACACACCCCUUCUCAGCAAGGGGCCCAGGAGACAAGGAACACCGCCAAACCAAAGCCGGAAUCUCAGUUCGAGUUCAAAGCUCCCCAGGCUACCCAGGAGCAAGAUUUUUACACUGUGGAACUGGAAAGAGGAGCCAAGGGAUUUGGCUUUAGUCUUCGAGGGGGUCGAGAAUAUAACAUGGACCUCUAUGUUCUGCGCUUAGCAGAGGAUGGUCCUGCAGAAAGAUGUGGAAAGAUGAGGAUUGGUGAUGAAAUUCUAGAGAUCAAUGGCGAGACCACCAAAAACAUGAAGCACUCUCGGGCCAUUGAACUGAUUAAGAAUGGUGGCCGCAGAGUUCGUCUGUUUCUGAGGCGGGGAGACGGCUCGGUCCCGGAAUAUGACCCCAGCAGCGACCGGAACGGCCCCUCCGCCGGUGCACAAGGCUUUCCGGAAGUGAGGGCCGGACCGGAAGUGAGGGCCGGACCGGAAGUGAGGGCCGGACCGUCCGGCCGCCAGCACCCAUCAUUGGAGUCCAGUUACACACCCGACGUUCACAAAUCAUCACCACAUGGGGAGAAGCGGGCACACGUGAGAGACCCAAAAGGCAGCCGAGAGUACAGCAGACAACCCAAUGAACACCACACCUGGAAUGGAACUUCCCGAAAGCCCGACGGCGGGGCCUGCCGACCCAAGGACCGGGCGCCCGAGGGACGCCGAGACGCGCAGGCCGAGCGGAUGGCAACCAACGGGCCCAAGAGGAGGUCCCCGGAGAAGCGCCGGGACGGCACGCGCAGCGCCGACACCACCCUGGAGAGGAGGGAGAAGCCCGAGAAGAGGCGGGAAGGGUCUCCCGAGCGCCGGCGGGAGCGGUCCCCCACGCGCCGAAGGGACAGCUCGCCCAGCCGGCGGCGGCGGUCCCUUGAAAGACUCCUGGAUCCCAGAAGGUCCCCGGAGCGAAGGAGAGUGGCCUCGCCCGAGAGGAGGGCCAAGUCCACCGAUCGGAGACGGGCCCGGUCCCCCGAGCGCCGCCGAGAGCGUUCGCUGGAUAAAAGGAGCCGAGAGGACCGAGGUGGCCACCGCGAGCGGGAAGAGGCGACUCUGAAACAGGAAGUGGGCAGAAGUUCCAGAAAUCCCCCGGAGCAGAGGAGGCGACCUUAUAAAGAAUGUAGCACCGACCUCAGUAUCUGAGACUUGACACGCAUUCCAACCUUUACCAUGUCAAAGGUUCUAAGAGGAAGGUCACAAACCUGAAAUAAUUUAGUUUUCUUACCUUAGGAAGCAUCUCUGACACCUGGUGAUCCUAUGAAUAGCUACAAACAUUUUAUGCAUUUGAGAUCUUCUAAGAAAAAAAAAUUAUAUAUGAAAAGUCUUGUG